AUUACUAUUCAUCAACGGUUAGAAAUGCUUGUAAGAAGCACAUCCAGGAUCCAACUCCUCAACUCGCACACUAUAUAUACAAAACCCCCCAAUUGGCGACAUCACCACUUCCAUUUGCAUUUCUUCGAAUCAACAAAGUUUCAGAUUUCGGAGUAAUUUGAAGAUGUCAGGACGUGGAAAGGGAGGAAAGGGUUUGGGAAAGGGAGGUGCGAAGCGUCAUCGUAAGGUUCUGCGAGACAACAUCCAGGGAAUCACAAAACCGGCGAUACGACGUCUGGCGAGAAGAGGAGGUGUGAAACGUAUCAGCGGUUUGAUCUACGAGGAAACUCGCGGAGUUCUUAAGAUCUUUCUAGAAAAUGUCAUCAGAGAUGCUGUUACCUACACAGAGCACGCACGCCGGAAAACUGUCACUGCCAUGGAUGUAGUGUACGCGCUCAAGAGACAAGGCCGAACUCUGUAUGGAUUCGGUGGUUAGGGUUUUCAAUGUCCGAAUAUAGUCUGUGGGUAUUGGUGUUAGGUUAGUGAUUUCUACUGCUUGUUCAAAUCAAAUGUUGUUAGUACUCUGUGUAAGACUCGAAUCAUUUUACCAAAAAAUAGAAGCACUUGACUGAUUACUUA